AUCACUUUAAUUUUUAACCUGCAUUUUGUUUGUAAAAAAUCAUCUUAAUAUGGAGUUCUAUUUAACUUUGUAGCUAAAUUCAUGAAAUAAAAUUGAACUUUGCAUUAUAAGAACGCUUGAGUUCCGGAAGAUAAAAAGAUCUAAAAUAUAACAGUCACUAUGGCGAUGAUGGACAAUAAGGAGUUUCUGAUAUCUCACAUCAGGAACUCUUUCAUUACAAGUGAUGAUACUGGAAUGUGUGAAAUGAUUAUUGAUGUAGAUGAUCAAGAGCAUAGGGGUGGAUUUGCCAGUGAUAGUGGAUUGGAAUCCUCAGAUAAUGAACUCUCCCAUUCAUAUGAUAUUCUACCUGACAUGGAUUAUGGAGCUCAUAGACGAAGGUCUAAUACAGCACAGAGAUUAGAAAGAAUGAAGAAAGAAAAAAGGAACCAGAGUAAAGUAAAGAAUAUUUCAUGGAAAGAUAACAACAUGAAAUAUAAUGCUGAAGAAAAGGGUCAUUUAUUUGAGAAGAAAGUUGUCGUACCAUCUGAACAACCAGACACUCCUCUUAUCUCCAGGUUGUCUGAGCAAUUAGACAGUAGUGCCAGUUUAGGAGAAAACCCAUUCUUAGAAUUUGCCAAGUUUGAUGGAAAGGCAAGUGUAGGGGUUUCAACGAAGAAGAUAGAUAUUUUUCUGACAAUGGUCCCACCAGAAGACCGGCCAUACCCAAUGACUGUAGUUGUCAUAGCAACAGCUAAGAUACAGGAUUUGAUUGGCUUGAUAUGUUGGCAAUAUACUAUAGAGAUGAGAGAACCUCCACUACAGGAGAACAUAGAUGUAUAUUGUUUACACAUUGCUGAAGAUGAUGGUGAGGUUGACACAGAUUUUCCAAGUUUAGAUAGUAAAGAACCAGUGUCAAAGUUUGGCUUCACAAAGCUUGCAUUAGUACAGAAAGAUGUUCCUACAAGUUCCAACAAACCCGCUAUCAUAGUCACUGUAAAUGUUCCUCAUAGAGGUUUUAACAAGUUUCAAAUUGACAGUCUCAACAUUUCUAUGAGAGAUAUACUGGAGAAAGUUCUAAAACGAAGGAAAAUUAAAGUUCGACCAGGUAUGCAGUUAAAUUUAACUUUAAAUCAAAUUGAUACCAAUUAA